AUGAACAAAGUAAAUGCAGCAAAUUCCAUCAAAAAUCGAUUCCAAGAGAUUGAAAAAAAGAUGGGUCCAUUCAACAGGAAGGAAGUCAGCUUUAAAUUAAGUUUUAUGAAAAUCAAGGAUAUACAAAAGGAAUUAAUCAAUGAGCUUUUAGAGCUAAUAGAAAGCAAUGUUGGUAAUUACUUUAAAUCCAGUAAACUAGGAUGGAAUGAACGAAAAAAGAUGAGGGACUUAAAAUCAAAAAAUGCAUGCUACUUAAUAAUUAAAGACGAGGAUUUAUUAGCUGGAUUUUCAAUGUUCAAAUUUGAAAUGGAUUUUGAUCGAGCAGUGCUUUAUUGUUAUGAGCUACAAAUCAAGGAAGAAUAUCAAGGCAAGGGAUUAGGAAGACACUUAAUGAGAUGUAUGGAAGAAUUGGCAAAGAUUCAUGACAUGGAAUGUAUUGUGCUGACAGCAUUAGCGAAUAAUGAAGAGGCAAUGAGAUUUUAUGAAUACUGUGGAUUCAUACUUGAUGAGACUGAUCCACAAGUCAAAGACUAUAAAAUUCUCAGUAAAGCGACUACAAAGUAG